AACCGACGGCAACCGUUCGGGGGUCUCGGGUGCGAUUGAGCUGUACUGCGAGUCAGCGUUGGCCCAGGCUGCUCAGUAUUAAUCCAGUAUUGGAUCUACCAACAACAACAGUCAUCACCGCGUCCGCGUACGAGUAAGAAGUUUCGUUUGUCGCGCAGCAGAAGAAGAUUGGUCCUCCCACCCGAGAUUAGAGCGUCUGGCGUAGACUUGCGAUCGAUUAGCAUUAAGCACGGAGUUUCGGUUAUGUAAAACAUCGCCUGCCAGAAGGCGGUUCACGUUUACCCCAAGCUAGCUAAACAAUAGCAUAUUGAAAUUAAGUAAUUACGCAGACUCUCGGUACACUACCACCCCACCCUACUAAACGAGUAAAGUGGGGCUCGCCAACUGGACUAACGAGGAUAAGUUGUUUGUCGGUUCUCCAGCGUAUGCUUUGUUUAGUGAUAACCAGUAAGGCAGUCUGUUGUGUGAUAUAUACUUAAUCAGUCUGCCCCACCCGAUUCGAGUAGUAAUAGUUCUGGUUCUAAUUUAAGUGAAAGUAAGAAACGGUUCGAAAAUGAAACUUCUCAAUAUCGUUCCUGCCGGAUAUCUGUUCCUGCUGGCCAUGCUGUCCAGCACCAGCUACAGUGGGUCCUCAGUACGAGCCCAAGAACCGCUGUUUGAGCUACCGGUGCAACUGAUUGGAUUUCCAGUUAUCAUCCUGUCGGUGCGAUUGGCGACAUUCGCCAAGAAGCUGGCAUAUUCGCUGAAUCCAAAAACCUACCAAACGCGCAGCCGCCGUGAUACACCAAUCCCAACGGAGGAGGACAUUUCCCGGCUGGCGGUCGCGGUAACCGAGGCCGAACGAACCAUUCUGCACGAGUUCGGUCCGAAGGUGUGCAUCGAGGAGGAACCCUGUCGGUUGCACGCGAGCCAAACGAGACGCACCGAGGAUUACCAGCCCGACUGGAACGACAUUUUGAAAAACUACAAGGUGAGAGCCACCGGAAUGAAACAGUGGUACCUGCUGUCGGUCUUCAUUGGUGACUACAUCCGGGAUGUCCAGUUCUGUAAGCAGUUGGCCAAGCGGUUGGCGUGCGAUCGAAAUCAAAAGGAAUUUGUGCGUGAUUAAGACUCAAAAAAAUGGUUGUGCAAUUUAGAUAGUUUGUAGAAUAAUUUCAACUAGGUUAAUUUAUUUUCAUGUAAAUACUUUUGUUGUGAAAAACUGCCAAAUAUAAUUGUGAAUCCCAA